AUGAGCCCCUAUUUUGGGUGCUGGCUCUACUACUGUCUGCUCCUCCUUUUCUCCCUGGCAGUCCAGGGAUCCCCGGAGUAUCCUCACGUUACCCCAGAGCAAGUCCAUCUGUCCUACCCAGGUGAGCCAGGCUCCAUGACAGUGACCUGGACCACGUGGGCUCCAGCCCGGUCGGAGGUGCAGUUUGGCAUACAGCUGUCCGGGCCCCUCCCAUUCCGUGCCCGCGGCACCGCCAGCACCUUCGUGGAUGGGGGGAUUCUACGGCGCAAGCUGUACAUGCACCGCGUGACGCUGCGGAAGCUGGUGCCCGGGGCCCAGUACGUUUACCGUUGUGGCAGCUCUCAGGGCUGGAGUCGGCGGUUUCGCUUCAGGGCCUUGAAGAACGGGGUCCACUGGAGCCCCCGCCUGGCUGUGUUUGGGGACAUGGGGGCUGACAAUGCGAAGGCCCUGCCCCGGCUGCGGAGAGACACCCAGCAGGGCAUGUUUGACGCGGUGCUCCAUGUGGGAGACUUCGCCUACAACAUGGACCAGGACAACGCUCGCGUUGGGGACAGAUUCAUGCGGCUCAUUGAACCUGUUGCAGCCAGUGUGCCAUACAUGACAUGUCCGGGGAACCAUGAACAGCGCUACAAUUUCUCUAACUACAAGGCCCGCUUUAGUAUGCCAGGGGACAAUGAAGGCUUGUGGUACAGCUGGGACCUGGGUCCUGCCCAUAUCAUCUCGUUCUCCACUGAGGUGUAUUUCUUUCUCCACUAUGGCCGCCACCUGGUUGAGAGGCAGUUCCGCUGGCUGGAGAAUGACCUCCAGAAAGCCAAUAAGAAUCGGGCAGCUCGGCCAUGGAUCAUCACGAUGGGUCAUCGGCCUAUGUACUGUUCCAACGCGGAUCUGGAUGACUGCACGAGGCACGAAAGCAGGGUCCGAAAAGGCCUCCACGGCAAGCUGUUUGGGCUAGAGGACCUUUUCCAUAAAUAUGGUGUGGAUCUGGAGUUCUGGGCUCAUGAACACUCCUAUGAACGUCUAUGGCCAAUUUACAACUACCAGGUGUUAAAUGGCAGCCUGGAAAAGCCCUAUACCAAUCCUCGAGGCCCGGUUCACAUCAUCACAGGAUCUGCGGGCUGUGAAGAGUUGCUGACUCCCUUUGUUAUAAAACCCAGACCCUGGAGCGCCGUGCGUGUGAAGGAGUAUGGGUACACGAGAAUGCACAUCCUUAAUGGCACCCACAUGCACAUCCAGCAGGUGUCUGAGGACCAGGAUGGGAAGAUUGUGGACGACAUUUGGAUAGUUAGACCUUUGCUCGGCCGGAUGAUGUACCACUAA